AGAUAACUUUUGCAAACCUUUCACAAUAUGUUCCAGGUCUAACCGGAGCCAAUCAGAGAUUUCCGAGCAGUUUGUUCACGACCUUCAUGGACAAGUAUAAAACUCUCCGCCAGUAUCACUGCCAUCUUUUAAGGCCAGGGACAGGGAUUGUGCAAACUAUCGUAAGAGCUGCUUUCAAAACAGUGGGAUUCAUCAGGAAAUUAAAGUUUAGUUUGUGUUUAUUUUAUUUUGUAGCCAGUGAAGGGGUGAGAAAGUCUGUAAAAGAGAAAAAAGCCAAGGGCUGAAAAUGAACAAGUUGGCUAAAGUAUCUCUCCUCCUCUUGAUAUGUGCCACCAUUCAUGUCCACGAGGCCCGGAUCCAGAGAAAAGCAGGAGGAACCCCUGUUGAUAGAAGAAGAGCAGAUAUGAUAAUCACCAAAUUUGGCCUUUACAAGGGACAGUCGUCGAACACCGAGACUUGCUUUAUCACCCCUCACCGGGCAGAGACCCUGGACAACUGCGCCUUCAACUCUUCCCAUUCUUUGGUGAUGAUCAUUCACGGAUGGACGGUCGACGGAGUCCAUGAAAACUGGAUCUGGAAAAUGGCGGCCGCACUGAAAUUAAAGCUGAAAGACGUCAAUGUGAUUAUAGUUGAUUGGCUGAUUCUGGCUCAUCAACAUUAUCCAACAGCGGUAAAGAACACUCGGGUAGUGGGGCAGGACAUAGCGGAUCUAUUAGACUGGCUAGAGGAGUUUUUUCAGGUGCCAAAAGGAAAGGUUCAUCUCAUUGGAUACAGUCUCGGAGCUCAUGUUUCGGGAUUUGCUGGAAGCUAUAUCACCGGGCCAACCAAAAUUGGGAGAAUAACAGGCCUUGACCCUGCUGGACCCCUGUUUGAAGGCAUGUCAUCAACAGAACGUCUAUCUCCUGACGAUGCAAGCUUCGUUGAUGCUCUCCACACCUUCACACAGGAGCACAUGGGCCUGAGUGUUGGAAUCAACCAACCUGUGGCCCACUAUGACUUCUAUCCGAACGGUGGCACCUUCCAACCUGGCUGCCACAUCAAGCACGUGUACAGUCACAUCGCAAUGUACGGGAUUCUAGGUAUCACUGAAACAGUGAAGUGUGCACAUGAGCGAUCAGUACACUUGUUCAUUGAUUCUUUGCUGAAUGAAGACAAGCAAAGUAUUGCAUAUUGGUGCAAUGACCUGAGCACAUUUAACAAAGGAAUCUGUCUAAGCUGCAGGAAGAAUCGAUGCAACACAAUGGGCUAUAAUAUUAAAAAGGUCCGGACACAAAGAAGCAAAAAAAUGUUUCUGAAUACUCGUGCUAACAUGCCAUAUAAAGUCUAUCAUUACCAAUUCAAGAUUCACUUCAUCAACCAGAUGGAACACCCUAACUUGGAACCAUUUCUCAAGGUAUCCUUAUAUGGAACAGAAGGUGACACUGAAAAUUUACCUAUCAAAUUGUUUGAAAGCAUCAAAACCAACAAAACCUACUCUUUCCUGAUUCAUACUGAUGUUAACAUUGGUGAUUUAAUGAUGCUGAAGUUUAAGUGGGAAAACUCUGUUGCCUGGGCAAACCUGUUGAGGACUGUUCAAACAUACUUCCCGUGGGGCCAGAAUAAUAUCAAUCCGGAGCUUAUUGUCAGAAAAAUACGAGUAAAAUCUGGAGAAACACAACAUAAAGUAACAUUCUGUUCCUUAAACACCAUCAACAUGCAUUUUCAACCAGCCCAAGAGAAAACGUUUGUUAGAUGUAUAGGCAACACAAGACGGCGCCACAGAAGACUGAAAUGAAAAACUCGCUAAGCCAAAAUCAAACCAGGAUCCACAGAAUUCAUUCAAAAUGCAGAAACGUUCUGGCUGACACAUACACUUUAUCACCAAAAAAAGUGUAAAUAUAUGAACUAUCACUGCAAUAAAGGAAUUUAACACACGGAUUAAAACUAAUUAUUUGGAUCAGUAACUACAACGUGGAAAUAGCUUGAUGUGACGUUUAUAGAAGGUGUACCAAGAAAUAACAUGAGUCUCAUUGUCUGGAAGAGGUUUUAUUAUGAACAAAUAUACAUCAACUAUAUUUCAAUUAAUGUGAUAUUUUGAAAGAUUUUAUUUCCAAAGAAUGUGGAAGGGACAAAUGUAUUUCUAACUAUUAUGCAAGAUUGUAAGUCCGGCUUAUGAAUGGUGAAACAAAUUUAGUUUUGUUUUAAAGAACUGACACCAAGAACAUGAAAUGGUGACUGUGGUGCUCUUAGGCUCUUUGGUACUGUUGCUGCUUGAAGUAAAUGAAAGAUAGUGCUACCAACAGGUAGUGGUCAUUAAUGGCAGUAAAUUCUCAACUCAGUAAGAGUCAUGCCACAAAACAAAAAAAGAUUGACAUUAUAAACUGUGGCAAAAAUAAAUAUUUCUGGAAUCAAGCAUUUAAAUGAUUUUAAUUAAUUUUUAAAGUAUUUUCAAAUGCUUCACUUUGGGGAAAAAACAAAAGGAAAAUGUGAACACCAUCCCCCUCAUUUCCACAAUGAGUUAUAAAUCGCAUGCCUUUAAUUUCUAAAUGGUUGAAAAGACAUUUAGAUGGGUACAAGGAUAGGAAAGAUUUAGAGCAAGAGGUCAAACGUGAGCAGGUGGGACUGGUGUAGUUGGGGCACCUUGGUCGGCAUGGGAAAGUUGGGCCGAAGGGCCUGUUGCUGUAUGACUGUGAUUACAUGUUACUGUUCACAACUGCUCCAGAUUUAUGGCGCAAAAUAAAAAUUUAAGUUUUCUAUUUGGUAUGCUCAAAGACUGGUACAGACUGGUAGUAAUUGUUUUCUAAACUGUUACAAAGUAGAUACAAUAGAACUCAGCAGAAUGAAACUCAGUGAUAAAUUCACUUUCAUUGCCAAUUGCUAUGGAUGAAUCAAAAAUUUGGUUAAAAGAACUCUUGUAAGAUGUUCACACUUUUAAAUCUUAGACAAUUUAUUGCAUUACUCCAAAACGUCAUAUCCCGGACACCUACAGAAUUAGAAUCUGUUUCGGCUGAAUGCUUAACUUUAACAGCUACCAAUAAAGAGAACACCAGACUUAAUGGAAAAUUU